AUUUCCACCAAAAUUACCAAAAACCAAAGAAAAAGAAAGAAAAUUAAAGAAUGGCAACUGGAUUCCUCUCUACUGUUAAUCUCUUCAUCUCCUCCACCCUACCCUCUUCAUCUGCCACCUCUUCUUCAUCCUCAUUGUCAAUCCUACUAACUGUUUACCCUCAGAAGCAACAUGCUAGGAGACAACAGACUCUUUCCAAAGCACGCAGUGAGUCACAUCCAACUUCUCCACUUUUCACCAGGAGAGGCCUUUCUGUUGGCUUCAUACCUGGACUCUUUUUAUCAUUGUGGGGUACAGGUCUCUUCAAUACCAAUGCAGCAGUGCUAGAAGCUGAUGAUGAUGAAGAACUUUUGGAGAAGGUGAAGAAAGAUAGAAAGAAGAGGCUUGAAAGGCAAGGAGUAAUAAGUUCAUCCAACAAAGAAACCGGAUAUUUGCAAGACCUUGUAUACCAGUUAAGCAAAGUAGGUCAAGCCAUUGACAAUAAUGAUCUAUCUGCAGCCAGUAUGGUUCUUGGUGGAAGCACAGAUACAGACUGGGUACAGAAAGCUAACAUAGCCUUCACAAAGCUGAGCUUUAGCCCUGAAGAGAAAAGUGAAGUGGAUACAUUUAAUUCUUCAAUAGCUUCCUUGAUCUCAUCAGGUGGGUUAUUUUAUGCAGUAAUCUCAAUAUUCCUACUGUAAAAUGAAAAUUAUAUCUUGAGUAUGUGCCUUGCAUUUUGUCAACUGCAUUGUUGCUGUCUUGCUGAUGCCCAGCUGACAUAGAACAACAGUUUCAGCCUUUCACCUGGAUUAGCAGUACUGUAAUCUUAAAUCAGUGAAUGGCAGGUUAUGUUAUAGUUUAACUUGUACUUCAAGUUUUUCCUAGUUAUGCCCUCUUUCCCUGCUUACUCUGCAGUUACCAGAAAUGAUGUUGAAUCAUCGAAAAGUGCAUUUGUGGCAUCGGCUAGUGCAUUUGAGAAGUGGACAACAUUGACGGGGCUUGUUGGACAACUCAAGGGGCUUUGAAGAAAAAGAAGAUGCAUAAGUUUCUUCUCAUUCCUUUUUCCAGUCAUUGAGAGAGAUGUAAUAAGAUUUCAUUGAUCCUCUUCUGACAAAUUUAAUCAGUCUCUUUAGUUAUUUAUUUUACCUCACAAUUUCAACUAGUGUGUAAAUUUUGCCUUUAUAUGAGUUGUAUUUCUUGCUCAAAGUUGUUUGAGCUUCGUUUAUGACUACCAUAAAGCAAUAAUAACGUAGAAAUUUUGAU